GACUGACUGACCCACAAGAGCCAAGGUGGUGAAGGUAAACAGCCAUCAGUCUGCCUCAGCACCCCGGCCACACAGUCACCAUGAAGGAGGCCACGCUUGUAGGGAGCACCAUGGGUGGCGGCACCCUCUCCUGGUUGGACUACGGGGUGUUUAGCCUCAUGCUGCUGCUCUCCCUCCUGGUGGGCGUCUACUUCGCCAUCAAGAGUCGCAACAAGGGCAACGACGAGUUCUUGGUGGGCGGCCGAAGCAUGACUUGCCUGCCCAUGUCCAUGUCGCUGGUGGUGACCUACCUCUCAGCUAUAUCUCUUCAAGGCUCCCCCGCUGAGACCUUCUACCAUAGCAUGCAGCCUUUCUUUGCCGAUCUGGGCUUCCUGGGAGUACCCAUUGCUGCCAUCGUCUUUGUCCCCUUCUACUACGAGCUGCAAAUUGUCUCCGUUUACGAGUACCUGGAGAUGCGGUUCAACUCUGUGACAACGCGUCGUGUCGCCAGCGCCCUCUUCAUCACGCAGACGCUUCUCUACCAGGCCAUCGUCAUCUACGCCCCGGCUCUCGCCCUCGCUGCCGUCACCGACUUCCCCAUGUGGCUCGCCAUCCUUGUCGUGGGCGCUAUCGCCUCCUUCUACACUACCAUCGGAGGCCUGAAGGCGGUGGUGUGGACCGACGCCCUACAGUUUGUGAUCGUCGUAGGAGGCCUCAUGACCGUCGUCAUCAUGGGAGUGAACGAGGUGGGCAGCCUGCAGAAGGUCUGGGACAUCAACGUCAAACAUAAGCGUGCAGGACUACAGGUUCUCAACUGGAGUCCGGACAUAUUUGAGCGACACACCGUGUGGGGUCUGUCGUGGGCGAGUUUAUUCGGCACCAUUGUGACCUACGGCACCUCUCAGACGGCCGUCCAGCGGUACUCCAGCAUGAAGAGCCUCACCCACGCCUACCUGUCAGUGUUCCUCCUCAUCCCUUACUUCACCGCCAUCGGCGCCCUGUUGACCAUUACUGGUCUGGUGGUGUUCGCGACUUACGAGGACUGCGAUCCUCUGAAGGCCGGGUUGAUCCACUCUAAGGACCAGAUCCUGCCGUACUACGUCGUGGAUCGCUUCAGCUCUGUCCCUGGCCUGGCAGGACUCUUCAUAUCCUGCCUCUUUUCCGGGGCGCUGAGCACCAUCUCGUCCGGAGUGAACUCUCAAGCAGCUGUCACCUGGGAAGACUGGCUGUCUAAGCUGCCAAGCUGUGCCUCCCUCUCCACCUCCACCCAGACCCUCAUCACCAAGUUACUAGCGCUGGUGUACGGGUUCCUGGCGGUGGGUCUGGCCUUCAUGGCGGGCAAGACGGGAGGCAUCCUGCAAGCCGCCAUCGCCGUGAUUUGGUCUGUGACUGGUCCCCUCAUGGCCGCUUUUGUCAUGGCAAUCUUCAUGCCCUUCACCAAUGCCAAGGGAAACGUAUUCUCCCCCAGGGCGCGUGUACCGCCAUGCUGCUGGGCACCACCGUGGCUCUGGGGUUGUACUUCGGGUCGACGGCCGUGGGCAUCACACCUUACUACCUCCCCACCUCCAUUGAAGGCUGCCCUGCCGACCUCAACAUCACCACUACCACACCAAAGCCCAUCGUCAGAGUGGAGGACCUGGACUUCCCUAAGAAGCUGCUGGGAAUCUCCUACACCCUGCUGGGAACACUCGGCUUCGUGGUGGCCCUCACCAUCGGCAUCCUUGUCAGCGUCUGCACCGGAUGCAACAAGGAUCAAGCCAUCAAGCGAGAACUGGUCCACAAGUGGGUGCGCUGGUGCCUCCCUGACCCCGACGACUCCACCAACACCCAUUUUGAUGGCAAGAAAUAUACAACACAUUUCUAAGACCUUUAAGUCCACGUAAUAUACAGCCAAUUAUGUGUUGUAUAAAACACACUUGAAAACACGGUUCGUUUGCAUCCGUGUAAAUGAGUCGGCAGAAAGAUGACCCCGGCCAGUACCAUCGUCGUGACCUUGCCUGUAAGAUCUACUGGAGGUCAGGGACGACACAACCAGGUCAACGGCAGCACCACUACACCUUAAUGUUCAACACGAGAGGACCUCUUGUCAACACACCCGAGAACUAGAUCUCUCCCUCUUUCCUGCUGUCACCACAAAGAACCACGAUGACUACCUCACAGAGUCCAGAGUUAGAACAUUUUGGCCCCGUGCUCACCCAAACAACCAAAGAUACAAGAAUUACCUGUUCAUUCCCAGUAUCUUAAGUGAGGAUAUGUUACCAGCCAUUUUCGGAUGGUAACUUAACGCUAAGUAACUUUCUACCUAUCUUAAAGCUGACUUCUUCAAACAUAACUUAUACUCUCAUUUACAUAGCUGUCUGUAAUCUUUAUUUUACAUGUGAAAAAUUAUAUAUAAACUAACAUAGAGACGCUAGGUUCGUGUGUGUGUGUUUAUAUAUUCAAUUGUAUAUAUUAAGUACCAGUACAAUUAACAUAGGAUAUAUUACCAUAAAACUAAAGAGAUUUCUACAUGGCCUGGCAGUGUCACGUGUGUGUACCAAGUUCAUCAUCCACCUCUGUGUUUACCUGUCAAUUAUAAAGGUAAACAUCACACCCGUCUAAGCUACAGUAUACACCCUUACACCGCCUGGUCCUCAGAGAUCCCUUUACCCCAAGGCAGUAAGACAGGUCACUAGUCCCUGCACUGGUUGGCGCCUCAUCCACCAGAAUAUCGAUAAAGGCUGGGUAUUAUUUAUUAUCAAUAAACGUGGCUAAAAACUG